AUGUCUGAUAUGAAGGGCAAUAUUUUAAACCUCAGGGACAGCAUUGAUCAGUUUAUCAAAGAAAAAGGUUUCAGCGUUCAGAAGAAUCAUGGUCUCAACUUAUCGAUGCAAUACAGUCCUCUUUAUCGUGCAUCUGCAAUGUUACCAAGAAUCACUGUAAACUAUCUUCGCUGCGAUGAUGGUUUCGAACAGAUAUGUCAGUCUGCACGCCAUUUAAGUACUCAGCCUAGUAGUCUGACAGAAGAAGUCGUAAAUGAAACUAUUAAGGAGUUAUCUAAAGUUCCGGAUAUUGAUCUUACUAUCCACUGUGGAUUAUGUUCAAGUUUUCGUGGAUUACUUCCCUGGCAAAGCCGGUUCUCCGAGUUUAUACAAUGUCCUUCAGUUCGAAAUCUUCAAAUGUCUGAUUUCCGUCAAGUCCUCCAUCGUUUCGGAACUGUGAAACAACGAUGGGGUCGUUGA